AUGUCUCUGGAAAAAAUUCGAGGAGAAAUCCGUGAUUUACCGCGAGAUAAUCCUGCAGAGUGUGAAGGUUUGAUUCGAAAACUGUAUAAACGCAUCACGUCCUUGCAAGAUUACGAUGAGAAAGAGAAUCUGCUUGAUGAGCUGGAAGGUGUCGCCUGCAGGGGAUUGCAAGAGGACCUGGAGAAAAUGUUGAAAGAAAAUGGGUUGCACCUAGAAGCGUUACCCCUGGUUGUGAGAUACCUGACAAAUACAGGAGAGCUUGCGGAAUAUUUGUACAGAUAUUCUGAAGAGGAUUUAGAGAAGGAAGGCUUGGCGAGUGUAAACAAGCGGCUUCGACCACAUCUUGAAGUGCAUGGAGGCCUCAUUGCUGAAGGAGUCGAUGUCACAAAGGAAUGGGUGAAAAGGCUUUGUGAGAAAGCUCCGUCACUUAAGGUACUUUCUCGGCUAGAGUCAAGCGAACUUCAGUCUUACUGCCAAGGAGCUGAUGACGGAGAAAUGGACCAAGUUCGCCAUCUGGUUGAAACUGCUAAGUUUAACGAAAAAAAAAAGCCCCCCGACGUUCCACAAGAUGAUGGACUCGUGCAAGACACCAAAGCAACGAAAGCAGUAGAUGAAGCAAAUCUAAAGAAGGCAAAAGAACUGAUGAAUGAAGCUAAAACAAUGGCUACAGACAAAUCGGAAACAGCAAAGAAGGCCGUCAAUGACAAAAUAAAAUUAAUUAUGGAAACAAUUGAGCUACCUUUAGAAUGGUUCAAGCAAGAUCAAAUGCAACCAGAUCAAAUGUUUCAACAGUUAGAUCAGAUAAUUGACCGAUGCAGCGAAGUUGUGGAAGCAGAUGAAAUUUACAAGAACGCGGUAGAGGUGAUCACCAAAGCCAGUGCUGGGAAGGCACUAUUCGGAAUUUAUCAUUCUGAAUAUGUAGUACCAAAACCAGCGGGCAGACCACUUCUCCUGCCACCAACAGAUGUGUCAUUAACCAAUCCAAGCAUAUCUAAGGAUAUGAAGUAUAUGAAGUUCUCUUCCCAAGGAGCAGCUACAGAUUAUAUCCGAACUGUUGAGUCCUUAAAUACAAAUAUUGGUCUCACUAUAGCUGGUCUUGAGGGCUUACUCUUUGGUGAGGUACAAGGAGCUCGUGGUUCUGAGUAG